UCGGGCAGAGAAAGCAGCCUCGGCUCGGUCGGUGACAGCAGCAACCGUUACCGCUGACAGCUAACGUUAGCUCGGGUCUGGCCGCCGCGGGUUGGCUCGCUUCGUUUCUUUCUUCGUUUGGAAAAUAAACACUAUGGCGGCCGCGGAUCACCGGUUCUCGAGUGACGGCGGGCCGGCCAGCAGAGGAGGGUUCCCGGCCGGGGAGAGCAGCAACGACCGCGACGGUUCGGGUGGCGGCAGCGGGGAGAGCGAACGGGAGCGGGAUCGAGCCACCUUCGAGUGCAACAUUUGCUUGGACACUGCCAGGGACGCCGUCAUCAGUCUGUGCGGACACCUGUUCUGCUGGCCCUGUCUUCAUCAGUGGUUGGAGACGCGGCCCAGCCGACAGCAGUGUCCCGUGUGCAAGGCGGGCAUCAGCAGAGAGAAAGUAAUCCCGCUGUACGGCAGAGGGAGCUCCAGCCAGGAGGACCCCAGGUUGAAAACUCCACCCCGGCCUCAGGGGCAGAGAACAGAGCCUGAGAGCAGAGGCGGGAUGUUCCGCGGUUUCGGGGACACCGGCUUCCACAUGUCUUUCGGCAUCGGCGCGUUCCCCUUCGGCUUCUUCACGACAGUCUUCAACGCCAACGACCCCUUCCACAGAGCAGAUCAGUACGUCGGUGACCACCAGGGCAACGGCAAUGGCAACAACGGCAAUAACAACUGGCAAGACUCUCUAUUCCUGUUCGUCGCCAUCUUCUUCUUCUUCUGGCUGCUAAGCGUGUGACGCAGACCUGGUGGCGGACACACGAGUGAUUAUUGAUGUCUGGGAGGGAGGGGGGCAUUAAACAAAAAAACUAAACGGCAAACACAACUCGCACACUUAACCCGAGCCACAGACACACACUCGCGUUCCAUUUUCUAACCAGAGGGGGUAGAGGGAGGUUUGUGUUUGAGACCAUGAAUACAGCAGUUUGAUUUUUCUCUUCCUCACUAUAUCAGAUCACUUCAGGACACUCGGCCCCACCCCUCUCCUCCACCUGCCCUUUAUUUAUGCAAGAAAUUCACUGGAAAGUAGUGCAGCGCCUGUCCCCCAACGCGAGUUAGUCCUCCCAGUGUGCACACAGCUGUAGAUGGAUGCACAGAGAGCAUAAAGAGGCAGUAUUACGUGAUCAGGGUGAGCUACGUCGCGAGAUUUUGUUCGUCUUUUGGUGUCUGGUGUUGCAGAAGAAGAAAGCUGGGUGGAGCAGUUUUUAGGAAAGUGGGUUUUCCUGAAGCACAGAGAGGAAGGGUGUGAGAGGGGUUAGAAUACAGGGAGGAGACGUUCUCGUAGAAUUGGCGACAGACAGAAGCGGCCCUGUGGGAUGCUUUUGUUUUUUGUUGGUUUUUUUUCUUCUUCUUCUAAACAUUUGUCUUAACAAAAACUGCCUUCGCACUGUGAAGCUGUCUGUAGUCGGAGCUGCCCUACACCUCGGCGCACGUGCCGUUGUCGGACCACUUGUUCCUUGUAGUUCCCUGCGUGUUUGGGGAAAAAUGGGCCGGUUAGGUUGUUUUUCAUGCUCACAUCAGCUACUUUAAAGAGUGUGAGGUGCACGGUUAACAAAAGGGGGCAGAGUAAAUCAACAUGCAGGAUUGAAGAGCAGCAGUUUGGUGAACCGUUCUCCUCCCCUCACACGUGAUUUAAAAAACAAAUCUAAAUUACGUCCUUUGAUUUUUCCUGACUGUAUGUGUCUGAGUGUGUGUGUGUGUGUGUGUGUGUGUGUGUGUGUGUGUGUGUGUAUACAUUCUGUAUUUGUACAUAUGGAUAUUGUAAAUGCUGUUUUUAUGUAUUUCUGACUGGAGGACCAGCCGUGGAGAGCAAGAUGUGGGUCUUGAGAUGCUUCUUGCUUUUCGGAGCUCGUUUGAUUUAAAAGGUUAAUAAUCCCCCUCCUGAGAAAGCAGACUUCUGUUGCCCCGCUAAUGUGAUGAUUUGACGAGGCUUGUAGUUCUUUUGACUGUACAGCAGAGUAACUGACACAAAUUCAUUUUAAUGUGUUUAAAAAUGUGAAGUGCAAAGUGUUAAAUGACCCCUGAUUUUUCUUUUUCUUUUUCUUGAAUAUUCUAGUCAAACAUGGGCCAAAAUAAACGAAUCAAAGUCAUAGCGCUUUAUGCUUCAUGUUUUCCCACAUCAGAAUCUCCCACAGUUAUGCAGAAAUCAACUGCACUCAAGUGUGAGUUACUAGGAGUCUGAUAAGCACUUCUUCCUCUUAUAUUUUUUUCCCCUCUUCCAACCCACCUCGCACUGAAAGGCUUCUUGUAACUUUAUAGCACGCAGUGAGCUCUGCCUGGGAAUCCAGAAUGACUCAAGCCGAGCUCCGCUGAUCUGCAUCCAGGUCUUUAGCACUUCAACAUUCAUAUCGGGGUCAGAGAUGAAUGGGGGUCCUCUAUAGUUGCCCAGGGCUCAUCCUCUCUCAACACUUGAUGUUGUGAGGCUUAUGUGACACUAAAACAAGUGAUGGAAGUCUUUGGAGAAACGUGGAGACGUAGUGCAAAACCAAAAAUGAACUAAGAUUAAAACAUGGUCUCGUUCUGUGUUGUAAUUUUUUUUUUUUUAUCUUAUUGAAGUGGGCAAUUAAACAACUGAUUUAACUUACAGAAAAUGAUCACGUUAUUCAUUGAAAGGUUCUCAGAUGUGAUCAUUUGCUACAUUAAAAGCUGACCUGUUGUGAUUUUUCAUUAUUUUUCUGUUGUAUUGUAUUCUGCUGUUUGUGGCUUAAUAUCAUUCACGAUGGAUUCAUUUGACAUGUUUCACAUAUUAUAGGCCAACAAGUUAUUUAAAGCAGUAUAAAUACAGAAAAUCACUUUUUGGCACAAUACUGGCUCUAUGUGGACUGAUAGCUCUACAGCAACCCCAGCACCAUUCCCUGGUUGUAUUAACCAGGGAAUGGUGCUUGUAGUUUCUAAGAGUAAUUUGAAGUAAAUAAUCAGAGAUUUCAAUCUAAUCCACCCAUUUUAGGGUGGAGCUUUUAGUUGGAUGAGAUAAGAAACAUGCACAACAUUAUUUUAGUCUCUUAAGAGUUCAACUGAUCAUCAAGCACUUAACCUUCCUCUUGUGUUAGGGUUGGGAUAAAAGUGCCUUUUAAAUUUACUACAUUAAGGCUUAUUGACUUUAGGGAAUCUCUAAACAAAAUUAAAUUUCACUAAAUUAUUGCUUUGCUGAAAAUGAUGACCUUUGCAUAAGACUAUAAAACAAUAAUUAGUGCCAAAACACACUGAGAAUAAGAGGGGCUCGUCUCUUUACCGGUUUGCUUCCUUGCCUGAACAAACAGCCUCAUUUAUCCUGACUGCUUCACUGAAACUGUUUUGAUCUGUUUAUGCCGUUGUCAUUAAAGAAA